AUGUCAGUCAGACAAUCGCUUUACGGGCAAUCACUUGUGAGAAAUGCCAAUGCUUUGAAUUUCAAUAACGAUUCCUCCCAAGAAAAACAUUGGAAAAGAGAUUGGUACAGUCCUUCAAAGAACAUCCCUCAAUCAACAAGCAUCACUCCAAGUGCUACUCCAACCCCAUUUGGAGAUGAAAGAGAUACACCUUCACUAGAGCAGCAGACGUUCAACUUUAAGGUCAAGGCAUGGACCUAUGAUAAUGAUUAUAAACCUAUAGUGGAUGGUGAAGAAGAGGAUCUUCUAGAUCUAGAAGAAUUUUCCAUCGAAAGAAAGAGAGACGCCAAUGGACUAACUGAUGACGCUAUCAGAGGUGCUGUUGGGUCUGGUGAAUCUAUCCCAGGUAUAUCUAAUGGUAACAAUACUAAAACGGAAGACAAAUCUGAAAAAGAUCCAAAAGUGGAAGCUCCUGCUGUGGAAUCGAAUCAACCAGAACAACAACAAAAAACCAUUGAAGAAAAUUCAGAAGCUAUAAAUCCAAUACAAGAACAAGAGAAGAGAGAGUCUGGUGCUUCCAAAUCAGAGGGCGAAACAGCAGUAGCAACAGAUAUACAAACUCCAGCUCAACCUACUCUACAAGAACCACAAGAACAACAAGAACAACAGGAAAUACAGGAACCAGAAGUAAACACUACAGUACCAGAAGCCAAGGAGGAUGAAAAAAUUAACGACGAACCAAAGAAAGAUUCCGAAGGCGACGUGGUUGUUGAAUAA